AUGCAGUACGUCCGCGGCCUGUCCAGCUCCGUGUCCAAGACCUGGAACUCCAUCAACCCUGCCACUCUCAGCGGCGCGAUCGACGUCAUUGUCGUCGAGCACGCCGAUGGCUCUUUGGCCUGUUCGCCCUUCCACGUCCGCUUCGGCAAGUUUUCGCUCCUGCGCCCUUACGAGAAGAAGGUCGAGUUCUGCGUAAAUGGCACGAAACAGCCAUAUUCCAUGAAGUUGGGCGAGGGCGGCGAGGCCUUCUUCGUCUUCGAGACCACGGACAGCAUUCCCGCGUCCAUGCAAACCUCGCCCCUGGUGUCGCCCGCCCAGAGUCCAGAGUCCAAGGCAGACCCGGCCUCCGCAGACCAACUUUCAGAGCCGCCGCCUCUAAGUCUAGCCAUCGACGCGCAAAAUGACCGCCCGGGCGAGUUCAGGGCGAGGGCCAAGAGCGAUCUCGGCGACAAUCCCAUCUCACCGCUGGCCGAGAAUGCCUCUAUGGACUUUCCUAGCAUCAGCAUGGAUCACCCUCCAGCGACCCUUGAUCGCGGCAUCAGCGACGACAUUCUUCCCUCCACCAGAGCCGCUCUUUCCAAGGCCUUCACCGACAACGACAUUCCGACCAUUACCACUCAAAACGAGCCGGAGCCGGGACACCUUCAGCACCGGUCCACCAGUCCGCCCCCCGUUUCUCGUAGUGAUGCUGUGGCACGCGCAAUGACUUUGUCGAAGAAGCUGUGGACUUCCAACGUCCCCUCGCAGGUGACAGAAGAGGGCGAUUUGAUGCUGGACAUGACGGGCUACAAGAGCAACGAGGAAGACGCUCUGCGGGCGGAGGUUGUGGCGCGUAAGAUUUUGUCGGAGGAGCUCGAGGGGAACUACGACAUUGGCGCGUUGAUCGGCGCUGACGAAAAGGGCAACCUCUGGAUCUACAGUAGCGAGGAGGCAAAGGACGCUGCAGCGCGCAAGCUUGCAAUCCAAGGCUUGCAGCCUCAAGCCAUGAGGUCGUCGGAUGCCAUCAGCGACCCUGGCUAUCACAGCGAUGACUCGCCUAGCGACGCCGAGACUGAGGUCGGAACACAGUCACACCGCAUGCGCCGCGACUCGGACAGCGGCGUCGGCCUUCUCACGCCGCCAAAAAGCCCCCAUCAAGCGUCUGCUGAGGGUACUCGGAGCUUUGCCAAGACCCUACGGCUCACGGACGAGCAACUCAAGUCCCUCGACCUGAAGCCUGGAGAGAACUCCAUGUCGUUUACAGUGAACCGGGCUACUUGCUCGGCUUUCAUCUACUAUUGGCGGCACGACGUUCCAAUCGUCAUCUCUGACAUCGACGGGACAAUCACAAAGUCAGAUGCAUUGGGUCAUGUGUUGAACAUGAUUGGUCGCGAUUGGACCCAUCUCGGGGUCGCAAAGCUCUAUACCGACAUCGCCACGAACGGAUACAAUUUGCUGUAUCUGACUUCGCGGUCGGUCGGGCAGGCGGACACCACCCGAGCCUACCUCAAUGGCGUCGUCCAAGAGGGCUACAAACUACCCAGAGGGCCUGUCAUCAUGAGCCCGGACCGAACAAUGGCUGCCCUUCGCCGAGAAAUAUAUCUGCGUAAGCCAGAGGUCUUCAAGAUGGCUUGUCUGCGCGACAUCAUGAACCUGUUCAUGAAGCCAGUGGGCCAGACGCCGUUCUACGCCGGUUUCGGCAACCGGUUCACCGACGCCCUCAGCUACCGCUCUGUCAACAUUCCGUCGACGCGCAUCUUUACGAUCAACUCGAACGCCGAGGUGUCGAUUGACCUGUUGUCUCUCAACAAAUACAAGACCGGCUACCAAAGCAUGCGCGAGAUCGUUGACCACUAUUUCCCGCCUGUUGGCUUGUUGGUUCAGAACGGAGGCGAGGAGUUCACCGACUUCAACUACUGGCGUGAGCGGCCCCUCGAUCUCGAUGAGUUCUCAGCCAGCGAGAGCAGCGAGAGCUCAAGCAGCGAAGACGGGGAUGAGGACCGGAGGAGCUUGCAUAGCGAGGACGAGGCGGAGAUGGAAGGGGAACUAGGCGACAGCUACCUAUCACGGGGCUCCAUUGACGAGACUGGCCAGAUGGAGGACUCGAUGAUGGAGGAGUCGAUCAUGGCCAGCUCCAUGGCCGAGAGCGUCGAGGGCGACGGCGCGGAGGUCGAAGAAGGGGAAUACGAAGAUGAGGAUGAGGGAGAGGAAUACGAAGAGGAGGACGAGAUAGACGAAGAGGAGGCACAAGAACUGGACAGGCAGCUCGAUGCGCUUGAUCUUGACUCGGACUCGGCUCCGUCCCCGAGCAUAGCGAAGGCUCAACCUUUCGCACCCAGUUCGCCGGCGCUUUCGGAAAAGACCAUGGAGCCCGGCUCUCCUCGGAGGUAG